AUAAUGAGCCAAUAAGCGUGAAGUGUUCCUUAACCGAUUAUAGUAAUAUACUGAAAUAACGAGACGGUAUCCAUUUUGUUUAACCGCAUUUGAGACCUGCGUCGGACCUCGGAAAUCCCAGAAAAAAUCUAGUUUCGUUUCAAAACAAAAUGGACGAAUCCAGAGCACGAUUUAACGAUACUCUUUUGGAUCUCUCCCGAUUAAUAGAUGACGAGGAUUUACUUCGGAUGAAGUUCAAGAGUUCUGGAGAAGUAAAUAUUGGAAAGAAACAAGGUGAAAAAAUAACAAAUCCGCUUCAUUUGUUCACAGCUUUGGAAGAAAGAGGCCAUCUUGGCCCACACAACACUGAUUACCUGAAAACUUUAUUAAUCAACUGUUGUUCUGGAAAAACAGAUGGACUCCGUGUUUUGGAGUCAUAUGAACAAAGACGUGAUACUUUCGCAAACCCAUAUGGAAACGGCUAUCUACCGGCCCAGGGAUACACAGCUGUCCCAGAACUGGCCCCACAACCCCAAACUGUCCCUGCUUCUGGACCACAGGUCGUCUAUGUGAUUCAAGGUGGAGUUGACCAACAGAUCAAUAACUUUCAACAGAACCUCAAUAGAAUCACAUCCAAACGAAAAGAUUUAGAUCCGGAAAUCACAUUUCUUACCAAAAGCCUUGGGCGAGAUUGGAAGUUUUACAUGCGCGCUUUAGGUGUGCACGAUGAUGACAUUGAACAAGUUUCCUGUGAUCACACAUCGUUGAGAGAAAAGAUUCAUCAGUGUCUGUCGCUAUGGCUAGAACAACAACAACAGAGUGCCUCAAAGUACAAACUUAUUGAGGCUUGCAGGCAUUCCUCAGUUCAGAGAAAUGACUUGGCCACAAAAUUAGAAAGUAACCAACUUUGAGUGUUCUAAAGGAAUGACACCCAAAUGUUAAGUUAAAUUAAUUAAGCAGUUAACCAAGUUAGACAAAGAGCUGUGUUACUUCUUUGUUAAAGCCAUAAGUUAAGUUUAU